AUGGCUGGCUCCAACGGAGCUGCGACAACGGCCCCAGUUGGCCGCGGUACUUUUGCUGCGUCAUCGUCUGCCGACGACUACAAGGUGGUGUUGCCUCCCAUCCCAAUGGGUGCAACGAUUUUAAAUUCAGUAAUUUUGCACUGCGAUCUGAGAGGCCGCCCCUAUCGUAUCGAAGAUUUCCGGCAAGAACUGAAGCGGUGCGCCGUCCUGUCCGAGAUUGUGGCGCUCGGUGCUUUCCAGAUGAACCAUGUCUGGUUAGCCACGCUGCGAACGCCGGAAGCCAAGAAGCGGCUCAUCGACUGCAAAGAGUUGAAGGUGAAGGACCUGAGGUGUGUCGUCAUCGACCCCAGCAGCACGGAAGUCCGUCUACGUCUCCAUUGGGUCCCGUAUCAUGUGACGGACGACGCGGUGAGCAAGUUUUUGGAACCCUACGGCAAGGUUAUAGAAGUCGCACGUGAGAAGUGGCGCGUCGAGGGAUUCGAGGGCAUCGAGUCGACUACCCGGGUGGCACGCAUGACGCUGAAGAGCGGCGUCACGCCCGACGGAAUGCCUCAUCAGCUGCGGCUUCAGGGGGCGAACGUCCUUAUCGUAAUCCCGGGGAGGGCGCCGGUCUGCCUGCGCUGUAAGCGUGCCGGGCACAUCAGGCGCGACUGCCGCGUGCCUAAGUGCUCGGUGUGCUCACGUUUCGGCCACGAGAAGGAGGAGUGCGUAAAGACCUACGCCCGAGUAACUGGUGGAGCGGCGGCGGAAGACCUUUCGCCCCUAACCAUGGAUGUCGACGAGGCUGAGCGUUCCGCUCAGGGACAACAAGACGAAGCUUCACCGUCUGGUGAGCCCUGCAGCCAUCCUGUUAGAGCGGACGGCUCGACUGAAAUCUCGCCUGUAAAGGACAAGAAGGAGGUGGCUGGUGGCAUUCCUGAACCAGGUCACGACACUAUGGACGAAACCACCGAGUCCAUCAAGCGUGGCCUCGACGAGAACCCUCCAUCGACGCCGGGCAUGACACCCAGGCCCAACCCUUGGAUGGAGAGGACAAAGAAGGGGCGUUUCCAGCCCACGCCCACCUUAACCCCAGAUGACCGGAGGCGACUCAACAGCAAGUAA